GGUAGGUAGGUAGCAUGUCAAAAUUUGAUCCAUAUGAACACCUUAAUGUGGUGUUAAACCAAGAUGGAAGUAUAACUCGUCUUCUUGAUUUUCCUACAACUCAAGCCACUGGUGAUCAACAUCAUCUCCCUGGCCAAGCUGUUGUUAGCAAAGAUAUUACUUUAAAUGAAGAAAAGAAAACAUGGAUGAGACUUUAUCGUCCAAGUAAAUUACCCUCCAAUGACAAAUCUAUCGCUAAACUUCCUAUUAUAGUUUAUCUUCAUACAGGAGGGUGGAUUCACUUCAGCGUAGCAAGUACAAUAAUACAUGAAAGUUGUAACCAACUAUGUAGCGAAGUUCCCUCCAUUGUUGUGGCAUUGGAUUAUGGUCUAGCACCCGAAAACAAGCUCCCAUCUCAAUACCACGACACAGUAGACGCGGUUCUUUGGAUCAAGAACCAAGCGUUGGAUCGCGUUAAUGGUGAAAAAUGGCUAAGGGAAUAUGGAGAUUUCUCAAGGUGUUACCUCUAUGGUGUUAGUUGUGGUGGUAACAUUGCUUUUAAUUCCGCACUUAAACUACUCGAUAAAAAAUUAGAGCCAUUACGUAUUAAUGGGGUCAUAUUGAACCAACCUUUAUUUGGUGGAAAAAUGAGGACAAAAUCAGAAAUGAGAUUAGCUACAGAUCCAUUUUUCCCCUUACCAGUAAUUGAUGUGUUAUGGGAUUUUGCUUUACCAAAAGGGACAGAUAGGGAUCAUAGGUUUUGUAAUCCAAUGAUGAAUGGGCCAUAUAGGGACAAGAUUAAUAAACUUGGGAGGUGUUUGGUUAUUGGAUUUGGAGGGGACCCUUUGGUUGAUAGGCAACAAGAAUUUGUGCAAAUGUUAGUCAAGGAAGGGGUUAUGGUUGAAGCUAGAUUUGAUGAUGUUGGAUUUCAUGGAAUUGAAGUGGUUGAUAGUAGAAGAGCUGCUGCUAUUAUUAAUUUUGUUAAGGAGUUUGUUUGA